AUGGCCAGUCCAAGUCAAGCACCUCCCGCCAAGCGCUUGUGUACGACCGGCGCAGGCGACAACGCAUCCCAGCGCAACUCCCAACGAAAUCCAAGCCUCCGCUCGCAAAUCCCCCACAUCAAGAGCGAGGCGCUGACCCCAGAGCAAGCCGUGAUCCAGGCCCUGCAAUCGAGAGACUCCCAACGGCUGGCGGAUCUGAAGACGAAGUUCAAAGGGGUUAUUAAAAACGCCUUCAUGUUUGCAGCGAUCACUGGGGACUUGAAUACGGUCCGGCUGCUGCUGCGAACGGAACUCGAGGAGCCGGAGCGCGAUUUAGCCAGUCCGAAACUGUGCCGCCUCCUCCGGAAAGCGGUACUGCCCGCUGCCUCUAAUGGCCACCUCCCAGUCGUCGAGUAUCUGCUGCAUGAGCUGCAAGUCGAAGGGGAAAUCGAUGACGACGCGGCGUGGAGUGUUUUCAAUGAGGCCGCGGUGAAGGGGCAUUUAGGGAUCGUGAAAUUUGUCGCGGAAUACGUUGAGGAGGAGGAGUUUGAGCACAAGUCGUGCGAGGUCAUGAACAGUGCAAUCGUCGGUGGCCAUGCCAACGUGAUUACGUUCCUACUUGGCUGCGAGAUGGGCGAUGUUUUCGACAUCGGCGAUGUAUUCGAGGAGGUCAUCGCCCGAGGUCAGGAUGCAGUUGCUGAUGAGAUUUAUAAAGACUAUUCAGACACCAAGGAUGGACAGAGCUUACUGGCCCGCUUGGCUGGAGCGGGGCGCCUCAAAGCAGUCGAACACUUGGUAACGCAUGGGCAUAACGAGCCCGAUUUGAUUGAAUGCGGCUUUAUGAGCGCAGCUAUGAGCCGGCAUGACGAUGUCUGCAAGUACUUGCUGAGAACUGGCCGUGUGUCGACAGCAGGCUUUGACGCGGUGUUCCUGAGUGUUGCAGGAUCUGGAUCGAUCAAAGGGACGAUGAGUCUAUACAACAUGCGUCGUCCUACACAAAUGGGGAUCGAAAUGGCAUUCCAAGCUGCGGGCAGCUACGAGGUUGCCGAGUUCAUCUUCGAGAACGAGCAUGUGCCCGAGAUGGCGAUCAUUAUGGCGUUCAAGAACGCCUUCAGUCUUGAAUCCAGGAUCAACAUGCCGACGAAAGAGCGUGAAAGUGUUGCAAGGUUUCUAUACAGUAUGGAGUGCGUCCCACCAGAGAUCGUUGGCGAAGUUUUCUCGUACACUUCAUUCGACAUGAUCGAGUUUCUCGAAUUUGGCUUCGACCGACAGAUUUUUCCUCCCUGUGCAAUCAGCGACGCGUUCAAGAACGCGGCGGAGAACGGCCUGACGAAGAUCCUCAAGUGUCUGCUCAGAAAAGCAGGUAUCCCGCAGGCUGUGAAGGAGGAAUCGUUUGUUCGUGCAGCUCUUAACAACCACAACGCCGCUGUGCAACUCAUGGGUGGUGACAGUGACUGGCCACUCAGCACGUUGACUGAGGCUUUGAAGCUGACAAGCAACCCCACCUUGAAGGGCUUCUUGCGCACGAAGGUGCAAGCUGCCCGUGCUGGAUGA